GUGCCACCCGCGUGGGUGGCAUGAACUAAUUCCUCAUUAACCCAACGCCUCAUUUCUCCCUAUCCCAAGAAAACAGACCUUAGUCGGCGACAGACCUCUUAAACCCUCGCCUGUGCAUCUGAGGCGAACCUUCAUUUCCUCGGUGCCAAAAGAAGAAUUUACUUCAGCGGUUCAUGGCAGCAAGAUUACAACAACUGAAGGGCAAGGCUUGCCAAGCAACAAAAUAUGUGGCCAAGCAUGGAACUGAAUAUUACAAGCAGUUGAUGGAGCAGAAUAAGCAAUAUGUUAAAGAGCCACCCACCGUGGAGACGUGCAAUGAAUUAGCCAAGCAGCUUCUUUAUACUCGUCUUGCCAGCAUCCCGGGACGAACAGAGUCGUUCUGGAAGGAAAUUGAUUACAUGAAGAAUAUGUGGAAGAACAGGCAUGAGCUGAAGGUCGAGGAUGCCGGCAUUGCUGCUUUAUUCGGGCUCGAGUGCUUUGCAUGGUUCUGUGCUGGUGAGAUUGUUGGAAGAGGGUUCACUUUUACCGGUUAUUACCCUUGAAAACCAACUGGCCCAUAAUAAUUGCUGCCCUAUUGGAUUACAAUGGUAAUCAUCGUGCGAGACUCUAGUGUUCGUCCUUUAGGUGCAAGUUUUUGUUUUGAUUCAGAAGCUUUCAAAGCUGAGAAAUCGGUGGAAUACUAAAAUUGAUGCCUGAAUAAUUAGUGAUUGAUAUUUGAAUUUCCUCUCUGAAGCGGCCUUUUUAUUGUUUAUUUUUAACCUUCAUAAAUUUCGCUGUCGCUGUAAGGAAAAAAAAAGUUUGGGAGUUAGCUUCUUGAUUGCCAAUGAGACCUACCUAAGCCGCCAUUUAUAUGUUUUACCGACAGAUGAUACCCAAAGUAUCAGUUGAUCUUUCAGGUAUUGUGCUGAUAAUAAGUGCAUUUGUUUGAGUACCUUUGGCUGCAAUUGCUUGAUUCUGAACACACUUUUUAUAGCUUUAGUUAUCUUGUGACCGUCAGUUAUUUACUCCUAUCCGAAACAGGGGUUGAGAAUUGGCAUUUUUUGUUUGGAGUUUGGAUCGUU